UGAUGCUUCUCCAGCCCUCCUGUGCAGAUAAUAGUUAACUCGGGGUUAAAGAUUAAUAGCCAGGCAAAGCACUGUAUAAAUGGCCCGGACGAGCUGAAUGUAUGUAAACUGCCUCCUGCUCCUCAGCCUGCUGAGCUACCCUCUCUGUGGUCCCUCCUCAUCAGCGACAUGAGUAGCCUGCGGUCUCUGCUGCGCCGCUGCUGGCUGCCGUCCCUGCUGCUGCCGGCACUCCUGGGCCCCCGUCUCGCCGCCGGGGUGGCCCUGCAGCCCGUGCACUGCGCCCCGUGCACCCAGGAGAAGCUCGCCCUCUGCCCGCCCGUCGCGCCCGGCUGCCCGGAGACGGCCCGGCAGCCCGGCUGCGGCUGCUGCCAAACCUGCGCCCUCGGGCCGGGCCAGCCGUGCGGGGUCUACACGGCCCGCUGCCGCCAGGGGCUCCGCUGCCACGUCCCCGCGGGAGAGCCCCAGCCCCUUUCCGCCCUCAUCCAGGGGCAAGGGACGUGCCUGCCCGCCAGCGAGGCCGGAGGGAUGCGCACGGCGGAGCCGGCAGACUCUAUUGAACCUGAGGAUAUGCCUUUGGAAAGCACUGAAAUGACACAGGAUCAACUGCUGAGCUAUCAGUUGAUGUUUGCCAUAGGCCAGGACAAAUCCAUCCCCUGGAAUGCAAUCACUGCAUAUGAAAACAUGAAAGCAAAGAGAAUAUCUGAACUCAAGAAAUGGAAAGAGCAGGGACCUUGUCAGAAAGAGCUCUACAGAGCCCUGUAUAAAUUGGCGAAGGCUCAGCAGAGAAACGGAGGGGAGAUUUACAAAUUCUACUUGCCCAACUGCAACAAGAAUGGAUUUUACCACAGUAAACAGGUACGUGCUUUUUCCCCUGUCUGCUCACAGCAGCACUGCGACCAGCCUGACACAGCCAACCCUUUCAUAGCCCUCUGCUCCCAGACUCACGAGUUUGCAGCUGCUGGAAAAGCAGGUUGUGAAAACAGGGAUACUUAGUAGUGGGAGCAGAUGGUUUGUCCUUCUUCUCUUAAAAGUGAGCCGCAUGCUGUGGGCUGACAGCAAUAGAGGCAGGAGUCUUUUCCGUUCACAGAACAGGUGCGCACAAGGCCUUCUCCAAAAUCUUUUAACCCUGUCUGCUCCCCAGCCAAAUCAAGCUCCAUGUACCUAAUUUGUUAGCAUAUUCCCAGUUGACAUUAAUUCAUAAUAUCCACCAUGCUGCCUGCAAAGCCCAUUGAAUAUAUACUGAUCACUAUGGAGAAAGGAGGCGCUCAGCUCCCAGGCAGUGAAAAACUCACACUGGCAGCAAAAAAACCUCUCUGGAGCAAAAUUAGCCUUCUGAAAGUAGAAAAAAAUACUGAUUUGUGCUGCCUAUGGAAUAUGUUCUAUGCUCAUUGCCAUUAUAGCCUCAAAAAAAGCCACUGCAAGUUACACCGAGAGUAAUCUGCAAAUUUAACUAAAGCUCCAAACCUCAAGCCACACCCUUGUAACCACAGGUCGUGCACACAAAUUUAGUAGGUCUGCAUAAACCUGUGUCACCGAGGCUCCUUGUUUUUGGGCAUGGCACCACUGUGUGACUCACAAUGUGACUUGGGAUCUAAUCAGGCACAAACAGAAAUGUGUUUAAACCCCUCCCCAAGAAAAAACCCACUCUAUUUGCCUCCUUGCACGAAGAGCCAGACCAUCCAGUCAUUGCUCUCACCCUGCCAGCUCGUAUGUUCUGCCUUGCUUUGGUUUCUCACGCUGGAAGAUAUUUCUGGUUUAUACUGCUGUUUAACAAGGAGUGGGCAAACUGUUUUAAAUCUGAAGUUGCUGUUGUGGUACCUGAGCUUGGGUCACGGCUCCCUAACCAAGCGUGUUGGUUGAAGCCUCUGUUGGAGCAGGGACCACCACAUUCAAAACAGGUCUGUGCACCACAGGUCCCCACCUUCUGAUCCUAGUUCUGUCCAAGACCUCUACUUGCAGUAUCUCACUGAUAAUCUUCUGCUUACAGUUACUUAUUGUGGGUUUUGUUUUGCUAAUAAUAUUCUAGUGUGAAACUUCACUGGAUGGAGAGUCUGCUGGAUGCUGGUGUGUCUAUCCAAAAAAUGGAAGAAGAAUUCCUGGAUCUCCAGAAAUGAAAGGAGACCCUGAAUGCCAACAGUAUCUCAACUCACAAGACUAAAAAUAAACAUAUUCAUUCACACCAAGUUUUCUGUGGGGCCUGAUCUAGUCAGGAGCUGUUUCAGUCAGGAGCCGUUUCAUGCACCUGAUUUUCAGCAUAUGAGUAACCCCAUAAAGUAGCUUUUUUACUGCACUGGGAUUAGUCAGAUGCUUGAGUGACAGAUAAUGAGCAACUGCAAGAUCAAGUCCUACAAUCUUGUAUAUGUUGUUUGUAUAAUAUUAUAGAUACCCUCAUAUGUAAAGCUGCUGAAUUAUUUAUUUCACAGGACGUGUAUUUUUGUUUCUGUGUGUUGUUACUAAUUUAUAUGCUCAAACACUUCAUAACUUUAUAUGUAAAUACUUAAUAUUAUUGCUUUUAAAUGUAUGCAUCUUAUGUUGGAGGAAUGUUGCUACUUAAAACUUCAAAUGGCCCAACUCUAUUGGGAAAAAUGGCUUGUAAACUUGCAUUUUUGUACUAUGUAUUUAUAGACGUAAAACUGAAUUUUAAAAAAUAGCUUUCAGUAGAGAAAACCCUUAGAAACUUAUUUAAAACCUGUUUUGUUUAUAUAUCAUGUUGCUUUUGCACCUCUGUUUCAAUGUCAAGCUGUUUCUUAAAAAAGAAAGUCUAAACCUUGAUUAUAUACUGAAGCUCCUGAUGGGACAGUAUUUGUUUCUAUUUUCCAAACAUGUUCACCAGAUAAAUGGCAAAACACAGCAGGAUAUUCUGUGCCACCUUUGACAGGCGUAAGUUGUUCACAUGUUGACAUUGUCAUGUUAUUUAAGAUGAGCUAUUAAAUAGUGUCUUCUACACUG